AUAAUUACAGUGACAACAGAGGAGGAGGUUCAGGAGUUUCUGGCAACGCAUUUGAUCGUUGGGUCCAGCGUUCAUCAGACAUAGCAGAUGACUCACCAAUAACAAAAAUGCAGCACCAAUACUGGGUGACCAAGCAAGCAUUAUCCCGGAAACUCGGUAAAAAAGAAGACGAGUGUAUUGUCGCAUCAGACGCUGAGCUCGACGCAAAACUGGAGCUUUUCCGGAGCAUACAAGAGUCAUGCACACAUCUUCUUCGAGUAAUUGACAAGUACCAAGAAAGAUUGUGUAUCUUAGCUCAGGAAGAGAAUGCAAUGGGCCGGUUUUUAAAAGACGCUGGCAAACAAGACAAAACCCGAGCUGGUAAAAUGAUGUCAGCUGUCGGUAAAUCUCUGUCUUAUUCAGGCCAACAGCGGUUGACUCUACGCGGGCCUUUGGUAAGAUUGUACCAAGAAGUUGAAACUUUCCGGCAUCGAGCUGUUGAGGAUACUCUUGAAACUGUCCAGUCUAUGGAAAAAGCACGUACUGAAUACCGCGCGGCUUUGUCUUGGAUGAAAAAUAUUUCCCAGGAACUAGAUCCGGAUACUUCGAAGCAGCUCGAGCGCUUUCGGAAAGUCCAGACGCGUGUAAGACGUGGUAAAGGGAUGUUUGAUAAAGAAGCGCUUGAUUGCUUGCAAAAAGUUGAUCUUCUUGCUGCUGCAAGGUGUAAUAUGUUCAGCCACGCUCUUGUCUUGUAUCAAAGCACGUUAUUAAAUUUUACUGAAAAGUCCGCCCAAGCUUACUCGACUAUUGCUAAUAGUUUUAAAGGCUACCAGCAUUAUGAUUUUAUGGUGAUUAAAGAACUUGCUGAAACUUCUUCAAAAUUAGCUAAAGAGACUGGCGGAGAUAAUGACAAUUUUUUGAACCAAGAAAAUAAUGACAAUAAAGAUAAGCUCCUGUUUUUUGAUUCUGAUUAUCAUGAUCAUGAUAGUGCUGUUGAGCAAGCUCAGGAAGUAAAAGCUGAUAAAUCAGAACCUAAUAAGCAAGAUGAAAUUUUGCUGGAUAUUGGAGAAAAUUCGGGGGGAAAUAAUUCAAUUUUUGAGUCUCUAAGCUUAACUGCUGAUACUAGUGUUAAGGAUAAAGAUGAAAAUUUUGAUGGUAAUAAGAAAGAAUCAGGGAAUGAUGAUAAGGAGCUUGAAGACUUUUUUAGUAUGUCUGGUUAUUCUGGGUUUACAAAUGAAAAACAAGUCAGUGAGUUGGAGAAAAGUUUGGCUGAGCUAGACUUGGCUAUGGAUUCGUUUAAUGAGGAGAAUAUUAAUUUUGAUUUUGACAAUGCAACUUCGUUGCCAUCCUCGGAAAUUUCUAAGGAAAAAAUUACUAAGGAAGAUUCUGUACAAUCUUUGACGUCGGAAAAUAUUGCUCUCCUGGAGGAUAUUCUUAAUGGUGGAGCAAAAGCUAAUGUUGGCUGGGAUGAACUUAUGAAUGAUACUUUUUUACCACCGGGAAUUUUGAAACAAAGUCUUGGGGAUGCUGCCAUGGGGAAGAAAUUGUGUAAAGCGAAAGGUGAUGAUGAUAAGAAAAAGAAAGGAAACCAAAAGGGCAAUUCAUGGUUAGACUUAUUCGCUGAAUUGGAUCCACUGGCGAAUAAUCCUAUCGAAAGUUUACCACGUUCUCUUGAUAAAAAUGCGCCACCAGUGUAA